UUACUUUUGAUAAAAAAAAAAAAAAAAUGACUACAUAUUGAAAUCUGCUGUGUUUUUUUGUUUGUUUGUUUGUUUGUUUGUUUGUUUUAUUGUCACCUGAGGUUAUUUUAUUCUAUAUAAAAACAUAAAAUUAAAGGAGGGUGUACUUUCUUUUUCCUGUGACUGUGCAUACAGCAACUAAAGUCUGAUGCAUUGUUAAUGACUUAACUAAACAUGUUCGGUUCUUUGAAAAGGCAAAAAAGUCAUAGUCUGUGUGAGAGUUCUUUCCUCUUCUAGCUUUUUAGCAACUGACCACAAGUAAACAAUAUCAACAUGCCCCCUUGUGUUGGUGCACUUGAUCAGCUUUAAGCUGCAUGUGUAGCAGAACCACAGUGAGGCGUCAGUGACACGGAAGAGAAAGGCUUUAACCCACUUUCAGAGAAUACACAUAGAGAACUUUCCUACAACGCUGUAGGUGCACUUUUUUUUGUCUUUACAGCCGCCCACAGCAAACAUUUAUAGAUUAAGAGACCUCAGACACACACUGAGUGAGGAAGUGUUUUUUGAGCCUCAGCUUUCAUCUACUUUAGUCAUUCACUAAUACAGCAAUGCAGGACUUUCAUGGAUAUACUGUUUCCAUCUCUGGUGUGCUGUUGUUUGGGCUUCUACAGGGUGUGUGUGUUGGUUUGGCUGACACAGUGAUGGUGCUCAAAGCUGGGAGCUCCCUGGAUCUUCCUGUUCAAUACCCAAUUGAAUCAGUGUUAUUGGUUCAGUGGGUCUUCAAUGGGAAAAUUUUUGCUGAAUACAGUACAGAUCAAAGUUACACACUUCUGGAAUCCCAGUUCAGUGGAAGAUUAAAGGAGAACAAUGAUAGAGUUGGAGUAACUGUACAAGAUCUUCAACCCCAAGACUCUGGGACAUUCUCAGUGGCUGCAGAAGACACUGAAACACAGCUUCCAACACAGACAUUUAAAGUUUAUAUUCAAAUUCCCAUAACAGCUGUACAGACUGAGAAGACGUGGAGAUUGUCCACAAACAGCUGUGAUGUUGAUGUGAAGUGUGCAGCGCCCGGAGCUGAGAGUGUCUCCUACCUGUGGAGCGGCUAUAAGACUGGGAGUGGAGCUCAGCUGCAGUUCAGUCUCUCACCAGCAGAAGGAGCUGUUACACUGAACUGCACUGCAGCUAACAACGUCAGCUCCAGUUCUGCUACAGAGACACUGAGCUGUAGCAUCAAACACGAAACUCAAAUAUCAGUGCUUAAACUGAUCAGUAGUCUAGUGGCGGCCUCUCCGUAUCUGCUGGUGACCAUAAUCCUGGGUGUAAAAUGUUACAGAGCUCGAGGUCAUCAUAACAGUCAGUAUGCCAUGAAAGUAAUUGAGGAAUGAGCACUUUGCUCGCUCUGUAAGAAAUAAGUUGAAUGCUGAACUACUCAGUGACAAACAAAUCUGAUUCUGCUACAAAGUUUAUAGUUGUAUAGUUUUCAUUUUUAUAAUAAUAUUUUCAUUUACACUCAAAGCUCAGGGGCACAGAAUAUUUUUUACUGUAUUUAUGUUUGCACUCUUCUGAGUUGGAUCAACGUUGGAGCUUUUCUUCCAGAUUAGAGAUCACAACACUGUUAUGACUGCCGGGAAAACUCAGAUUGCUCUUCUUCCACUUCAGUCUCUAUGGGUCCUCUUCCAGCCCCCUGUAUUUCACCAGAUUCUUCUAUUUCUUCAUUGUAUUUUGCCAUCACUCAAUUGCCAGAUCUAUCACCACUGCAGUAUUCUGCAUUUUAUUUUAACUCCCACUGUUUACUUUGCUGUACUGUUAUCUGACUGUAACUGGAGGUCACACAUAUUCAUGUUUAUCUGUCCCUGUACACAAUCCCUGCCAUGUUCACUGCAGCUAUUAUUAUAAUGUGUUGUAAUACUGUAUAAUAAAUGUAAUCUGGUUCAUGUAAUCUGAUCAAGUACUUGUGAACAAAGUCAGAGUAUCAUUACAUUUACAUAAACUGUUUUAUUACAUUUGUAGAUGUCACUUUGAGAAAACAUGAGUGUUUAAUUUUGUGAAAAAGUGGGA